AUGAAGCAGUCCAGCUGUUGCAAACCCUGCUGCUGUCAAUCCUGCUGUUGCAAACCCUGCUGCUGCCCAUCCUGCUGUUGUAAACCCUGCUGCUGUGAGUCCUGCUGUUGUAAACCUUGUUGCUGUGAGUCCUGCUGUUGCAAGCCCUGCUGCUGCCAGUCCAGUUGUUGUAAACCCUGCUGCUGCCAGUCCAGCUGUUGCAAGCCCUGCUGUUGUGAGUCCUGCUGUUGCAAGCCCUGCUGCUGUGAGUCCUGCUGUUGCAAGCCCUGCUGCUGUGAGCCCUGCUGUUGCAAGCCCUGCUGCUGCCAGUCCAGCUGUUGCAAGCCCUGCUGCUGCCAGUCCAGCUGUUGCAAACCCUGCUGCUCCAGCUGCUGUGCCCCUGUGUGCUGCCAGUGCAAGGUCUGA